AUGACUCCCCUAAAUAGGAAUCCAUUCACUGUCCUUUUGCUGGACAAUGAAGGGCUGACGAAAGCUGCUUAUCCGACACCCCUCCCUCCCCAAUCCCUCGGUUGCCAUGGAGACGGGCGAGCGCAGCGGCGGCGGCGGCGGCGGCUGACAGUGAGCGCGCGCGUCCACGGGGGUCUGCAGAAGGAAGCCACCGCCGCUGCCGCCGCCGCCGCCGCCGCCGCAGCAGCAACAGCGAGCCGAGGAAGCCGGGGGUGGGGACUGGGGUCGUUCACGGUGGCAGACAUGGACUUACCUUGUGAUUGUACCUCGGAAACGCCAGCUCCGGAGCAGCCCUCGGGGAAGAUCAAUAAGGCGGCUUUCAAAUUAUUCAAGAAGAGGAAAACGGGGAGUACCCUGCCUAGCAUUUUUGGGGUCAAAAACAAAGGGGAUGGGAAAAGCUCGGGUCCCGCGGGGAUGGUGAAGAGCAGGACGCACGACGGCUUGGCGGAGGCGGUGUCGGUGCUGGAGAGCGGCAGGAAGGAGGAGGAGGCGGCAGCCCAGGACGAUGGGGUGGCUGACAGGGGCCGGGGCCUCCGCGGUGAUCAAUCCAACCCGGGGCCCCCCAAAGCCACCGAGGGGGGCAGCGUGAGCUCCCUGGCCAACAACAACAACAGCUCCGUGGCCAAGUCCCACAGCUUCUUCUCCCUUUUGAAGAAGAACGGCAGGUCGGAGAAUGGCAAAGGAGGAGAGCCUUCGGAUGCCAGCAAAGCCGCAGGCAAACAAAAGAAGGGGCUGAGAGGGAUUUUUAGCAGUAUGCGUUGGCACAAGAGGGACAAGCGCGGCGGCAGCAAGGACGGCGGCGAGAAGGAGGCCGCGUGCGCCCAGAGCCCGGGGAGCCUCAUCCUCCCCGGAUCGCUCACUGCAAGCCUGGAGUGCGUCAAGGAGGAAACGCCCCGAGCCGCGUGCAAGCCAGACAGCCCCACCAGCAAGGAGACCCCGCCAGACCCAGCAGGUGAGCUUGGAGGGGGUGAGGAGAGCCCUGGGGGUCCUUACGACAAAACCACCCAGGCAGAGGACUCCAGGGGGUACCACCACCAUCAUCCGCGCACCGAGAAGUCCUGGACACCCCCCGAAGCAGAAGCUGAUGAGGUCCACUCGGCUCAGGAGACUCCCAGCACAGGUGAUGUUCUGAUAAAGCCUGUCCCCCUUGUCGACUCGGAAUGUGGCAGUGGCCGGGCAUCUGCCAUUCCUGACCUUUCUUACUCUGUUGACCCACCCUCUGACCCGUCGGCUGAUCGUAUUUGUUUGAUGUUUUCUGACGUGACUUCACUGAAAAGCUUUGACUCUCUUACAGGCUGUGGAGAUAUUAUUGCAGAUCAAGAGGAAGAGGCAGAUUCCAGCUGUGACAAGCAUAUUCCAGGGUCAGGCAACACCGUGCUCUCUAAAAAGAAUCCCAACGUGAUUGCUUACCAAGGAGGAGGAGAAGAGAUGGCCAGCCCCGACGGGGUGGGUGACACUUACCUGCAGGAAUUCUGGGACAUGCUUUCCCAGACUGAGGACCAACGAGAAGCUAGGCCCCAAGACAGAGUGGCUAAGGGAGCGAUUGCCCAGGAAGCCAAGGCAGUCCCGCCAGACACAUCCAAAGACGCCAGGCGCGUAGAAGUAGCGAAGGAUGUGUCCUCCAUCAAGCGCAGGAGACUCAACCGGAUUCCUGUGGAUCUCUAUCCCAAGGAGGACCCCAAACACCCAGAGAAGGAGCAGCAAGAAGGGGUCCCCAACAGUGAUGAGGGCUACUGUGAGUCCACCACUCCUGGUCCAGAGGAAGACAGAGUGAACAGCAGUAAAAAGGCGAGUGUCCCCCCCGAAAGUGACAGCGGUGACGCCCUAUAUGACCUCUACACAGAGCCUAAUGGUAGCCCGGCCCCUCCUCCUGCCGGCCAGGAGAACACCUGUUUGUCCCGGCUAAAGCCUGUGGCUCCAGGCACCAUCACCUGUCCAUUGCGAACACCAGGCAGUUUGCUAAAAGACUCCAAAAUCCCAAUUAGCGUCAAACAUCUCACGAACCUUCCAUCGAGUCAUCCCGUGGGACCCCAGCCACCAUCCAGGAGUGACAUGCCCAGAACAAAAAUCCCAGUCUCUAAAGUGCUGGUCCGGAGGGUGAGCAAUCGUGGCUUAGCCGGGACCACCAUGCGGGCAGCCGCGUGCCACGACAGUGCCAAAAAGUUGUGAGAGCUCCCAGAUGGAGAUGAACGGUCCACAUGUCAAGGAAUGUACAAUUUGUUCCUGGAAACUACUGAAGGAUGUUUUGCUUUCUCUAAAGAAAUUCAUAUAGGACUACUCUUGUUUCCCAGCCUGGGACCCCGGUGGUCUUUGGCAGGCUGGAAACAGGGGUGGGAGAUAACAUUGGAAAGAGGAUGCCACAAUGAUCCUCCAUACAAGAUAAGUUCCUGGGAAUUCUUUUCAAGCACUUUUCCCCCCCUUCUUUUAUUAAAAAAAAAAACCUUUUGUUUUCCUUCCUCUCUCCCCUUCUCCCUUCAACAUGGUAGAACCCUCGGAAGUCACCUUUACUUUCCUUUGUAAAAAAUAAUAAUAAUAAUAAUUAAGACAACCAAAUCUAAGUAAAAGUCAUACCAGAAUACUGGGGUGUGGGAAGGGGGGGAUGCUAGAGCCAGAGGGUCAGGAGA